AUGGGAGUGCCCACCUUCUACAGAUGGCUGGUUACAAGGUAUCCAAAAAUAGCCAAAGCAACUUACGAAACCAGAGAUAGCGAUGUCUACGCCAGGAGGACUAAGAUAAAGGAUGGACAUGCUAAAGAUAGAGAUGGUAAUAACAUUUUUAGAGUUCCUGAUUUAAGUGACUAUGUUAAUAACACAGAUGAAACUCACUGCUCAGAUAACAUAAAUGGGUACUUUGAUAAUUUAUACUUAGAUAUGAAUGGGAUAAUUCAUUUAUGUUCCCAUAGUGAUAAUAGUAAGAGAGCUAAAAGUAAUGAAGAAAUAUUUUUAAACAUUUUUUUAUACAUUGAAAGAUUGUUUGAUAUUAUUGAACCAAAGAAACUUCUGUAUAUGGCCAUUGAUGGAGUAGCUCCUAAGGCUAAAAUGAACCAACAAAGGAGCAGAAGAUUUAAAUCUAUUUUAUGUUCAGAAAUUGAAAGAAAUGCAUACAUAGAAUUAAGAGAAAAAUUUUUAGCAGAAAAUCGAGUAGUUCCAGAUGAAUACACUUAUUGGGAUAGUAACAUUAUAACUCCAGGUACUCAAUUUAUGUAUGAAUUAUCAGUAGCAUUAAAAUAUUUUGUUGAGCAUAAAAUCACAAAUGAUGAUAAAUGGAAAAAUAUUAUUGUUAUAUUUUCUGAUGCAAAUGUGUGUGGAGAAGGAGAACAUAAAAUUUUUAAUUUUAUUAAAUCACAAAGAGCACAACCAGGAUAUGAUCCUAAUAUUAGACAUGUAAUACAUGGGAUGGAUGCUGAUUUAAUUAUGCUCUCGUUGGCUAGCCAUGAACCUUAUUUUUAUAUAUUAAGAGAAAUAAUUGUGUUAGAUUCGAAAGGAGAAGAAAAGACACAAAAAAACGAAUUUAUAGGUAUGUUAAAAAGUAAGGAAGAUCUACCACUGUGUACAACUUAUACAAACAAGAAAAAAAAAAAUAAUAAUAAAUAUAACGAUCCAAAUUAUGCGAACAUAAACAAAAGUCAUAGCUCUUUUAUCAAUAGUGAAAACUGGAAUGAAUUACAAAUUUUGGAUUUAACGAUCCUUAGGGAAUACUUAUCCAAAGAUUUCUUUUUUGAUUCCAAUUAUAAUUUAGAAAGAUGUAUUGAUGAUUUUAUAUUUAUAUGUUUUCUAUGUGGUAAUGACUUUCUCCCACAUUUACCAUCUAUUUCAAUAGCUGCUGGAAGUAUAGAUCAAUUAGUUUUAUUAUAUCAAAAAGUAUUACCUGUGUUAGGCGAUUAUUUAAUUAAUGAAGGUAAAAUUAAUUUAAAGUCUUUUUCAAAGUACGUUUCCUUUAUUGCUGAGGUCGAAAGAGAAACAUUCAUUUCUCAAUACGACUUUAAAAAAAAAAGAGAAAAAAGAGAUCAGCAAAAGGAUUCCCUAAAGCGAGUUAAAUGCGCCGAUGAUCAAAAUUAUAGUUUUAAUAAUAUAGCUAAUUCUAUGAUGGAUUCUCACAAGAGAGGUUCUGACCACGACGACAAUGAAGCUGCAAACCUCAAUGACAAGAAAAGCGGAGGAAAUGCUUGCAGUGCAAUAACAAACAUAUCAACUGGAAACUCUUCGACAGGAUGUCCCACAUCUCUCACGUCUCCUCCAUCGGUAACAAGCACUGUUAACAAAAAAAUGAUGUAUGAAUCAAAAAUACAAAGCAUGCAACCGAUUAGAAAUUUUAAAUUCAAGGAAAAGAAGGGUGAGAAGAGCAUCAACUUUCUUGUUCGUCCAACAUCGUCUUCCAUUUUGGAACACACGAAUAAUAACGAUAUAACUACUACACAAAGCAUAAACGGGGUGGAGGUGCAUCAAGAAGGAGAAUUUCCAAAAGAGGAGCCCCAUCAACAUGAGACGACUAACAGUUUGGAAGGCAAUCUUCAGUGGGAUAUAGAAGAUGAAGAAUGCAAAAGAACAAACGAUAUCAAUGAGUUUAAUAUGUUACUGAAGGAGGCUAUUAAAAAAGCGAACGAAUGCGAAAAUCCAAAGGAAGAUGUUGAAUUAGGAGGUGAUGAAAAUCCAGAAGUUCUGAGAAUUAAAUACUAUAAGUCCAAGUUCCAUUUAGAUGAAACUGAUUAUGUUGAUGAUUUUGUGAAAGAAGUGGUUUAUAAAUAUAUUGAAGGAUUAGCUUGGGUAUUAUCUUACUAUUUUCAAUCAUGUCCUAUGUGGCAGUGGUAUUACCCAUACUAUUAUGCACCACUUUCAUCGGACUUGAUAAUUGACAAUGUCAAUUUUAUCUUUGAAAAAGAUGAACCAAUUCUUCCUUUAGAACAAUUACUAUGUGUUUUACCAUCCAAUUCUAGUCAUUGUUUACCGAAAAUGUAUAGAGAAUUAAUGGUUCGUCAUGAUUCUCCAAUUAUCGAUUUUUACCCAAAAACUUUUAAGGAGGAAGAAAAUGGGAAAAAGUACAAAUAUCAGUGGGUUAUUCUUCUACCAUUUGUCGACAAGGAGAGAAUUAUUAAGCAUGCUAGAGAAUUAGAUGACACUUUGACAGAGGAAGAGAAAAAGAGAAAUCGCAGAGGGAUGAACAGAAUAUACAUGAAUUGUUCCCAUUCCCUUUCGAAACAAAUUACCAAAUCUAUAAAGGAUUAUGUGAAAGAAAUGAAACAGGCUACAGUGAAGAAGAAUGAUGAUCAUAACAGUAGCAGUAUUAACAAUAAUGAAGAAUAUCCCCAGGACGAGUUCGAAGGCAAGGAGAAUUAUUCUAAGGGGCUUAAGGAAAAAAGUGAAAGCAAUGCUGCACAGAACAGAGAAGGUAAUCCUGUUGAUCCGAUGGCAUCUGGGUCACAUGGCGAUGGAAACGAUCUAACGAACGAAAAGCAAAUAAAUGAGCAGAAUGGGAAAGUAAAACACAGCACGAAUAGCAACGGAAGCAGUAACAGCAAAGGCAGCGAUGUGUAUAACAAUUUUUUUAAAAAUAUGAAUUUAACCAUUCCAAUAAGCAACAGCAAAGACUUUAAUCUGUUUGGAUAUCUCAAUUGCAAACAUGAAGACAGUGAUGUGAAUGUUUUAAAAAAAAUUUUCAAAUUUUCGUCAAAUUUUGCAACAACGUGUAAUAGUGCAUUCUUUAUUCAACCGGAAUUCAAAAAACAUCGUUCAUCGCUUUUACCAAAUCAUAGGACACCACGAAAGGUUCUCACCGUUCUAGACAUAAAUAAUGAAGAAAGAAAACUUAGAUUUAAUGCACCCGCUGCUAAAAGAAUGAUUUUAAAUAGCUUAAGUGCAAACCAUCCCCACAUUUACUCUUACUCAAAACAUAAUCAGCCCAGGACCCAAGUUAUAAACUAUAGCCAUCACAAUUCUGCCAAUUAUGCGAAUGACCAUAGAUUGAGUAGCAGUAGCCACGCGUAUGGCAAUUACGGCAGUGGCAAUUAUGGAAGUGCCAAUUACGCUAAUAAUCCUCAUAACACAAAUAAUAGAGAAUAUUGGAAUGGUUCAAAAAACCAUUCAUCCCAUCAUCAUGGACAAAAUUAUCAAAACGCAAAUUAUGGGAACAAUUAUCCCCCACUGACACAUAAAAACUCGACCAUACAGAACAAGGUAUCUAAAAAUGCACCUCCUCCGCAUACCUAUGAAAACAAAAAGGAGAGCAAUCAUAAUAAUUCUUACGACAAUAAUAGUUAUACAACUCAUAGAAAUUCUUCCAGCAAUGAAAACUCUAAAUAUGAUGCACCCAUCAACACUUCUUACAAUGGAAGAUAUAGACAUGAGAACCAUUCCUCGAAUCGUGCUCACGGAUCGAAUAGAAAUUACUAUACGGGUUAUGGUAAUCAUGGGAGUUACAAUACUCACGGUAGCCAUAAUAUCCAGAACCAUAGCAGUUACAAAAAUUAUAGUGGUGGUCACAACAUCAGCGGGUAUAACAAUUAUGGUAAGCAUAACAAUGGCUAUUAUAAUGAAACCAAUCAACACAAACGCGACUCCUUUAAAAGCAACAUGCAAAACAGCGGGCAUAACAACGCAACAGGGAUGAACAAAAAGGGGAAUUAUAAUGGCAGAUCCAUGCCUUAUAAGGACAGGGAAUACUAA